UCGACAAUAACAAACCCCGCGGCCCUGCCGAGCCCCCGGCGCUGCCCCGGGCUGCCCCUCGCCGCGGCCCCUCGGCCUGCCCGCGCGCGGCGCUGCCCCCGGCCGGCCCGGAGCCGUGCGCGCCUGUAGCCGCUCCCGGGCCGGCGGGCGGAGAUGGUGCCGGGCGCCGCGGGCCCUGCUGCCGCCCGGGGACGGGGCCGCGCCGCCCGCUCAUCAAAUUUAACCAGUAAUGCCAUUCAUUUGCCAAUAUCAAGCAAAGCAAACGUAAGCCAGUUUUAAUCUGCUAAGAAAAGUGGUAAUCCUUGCACAGUGCCUGAGUGUCUGUAUCCGAGUGUGAGGGCCCAGCUCCCAGAAGCCAGAGAAGUCAUCAUGAAGUUGUAUGUAUUUCUGGUUAACACUGGAACUACUCUGACAUUUGACACUGAACUUACAGUGCAAACCGUGGCCGACCUCAAGCAUGCCGUGCACAGCAAGUACAAGAUCGCCAUCCCGCACCAGGUGCUGGUGGUCAACGGCGGCGAGUGCAUGGCCGCCGAGCGGAGGGUCUGCACCUACAGCGCCGGCACGGACACAAACCCAAUUUUUCUUUUUAACAAAGAAAUGAUCUUAUGUGAACGUCCGCCUACGAUUCCUAAAACCACCUUUUCAACAGAAAAUGACAUGGAACUAAAAGUCGAAGAGUCUCUCAUGAUGCCGGCAGUGUUUCACACUGUUGCUUCCAGGACACAGCUUGCAGUGGAGAUGUACGAAGUGGCCAAGAAGCUCUGCUCCUUCUGCGAGGGCCUCGUGCACGACGAGCACCUGCAGCACCAGGGCUGGGCCGCCAUCAUGGCCAACCUGGAGGACUGUGCCAGCUCCUACCAGCGGCUGCUCGCCAAGUUCGAGAGCAUCUACACCAGCUACCUGCAGUCUGUGGAGGACAUCAAGUUGAAGCUCACUCACUUAGGAACUGCGGUGUCCGUGAUGGCCAAGAUCCCGCUGCUCGAGUGCCUGACCCGGCACAGCUACAGGGAGUGUCUGGGGAGGCUGGACUCCGCGUCUGAGCACGAGCGCUCCGAGCAGGCCGCGCUGAGAGCCUCCGCCGAGCUGCCGCUCUCCCCCGACACGCCUCGAGCAGCCGACAGGGCCCUGGCCGCCUCCUUCCCCAAGGCAGCGGAUCCCGCAGCCCCCGAGGCGGCCGAGGCCGGGGAGUCUGGCCAGAGUCCGGCCCCGCAGGAGGAGGGCACGGCCGAGACGCAGGACGGGGCUCUGCCGCUGUUCAACGUCUCCCUGCUGGACUGGAUCAACGUGCAGGAUAGGCCCAACGACGUGGAGUCUCUGGUCCGGAAGUGCUUCGAUUCUAUGAGCAGGCUUGAUCCAAGGAUCAUUCGGCCGUUCAUAGCAGAGUGCCGUCAGACUAUUGCCAAACUGGACAACCAGAAUAUGAAGGCGAUCAAAGGGCUCGAGGACCGCCUGUACGCCCUCGACCAGAUGAUCGCCAGCUGCAGCCGCCUGGUGAACGAACAGAAAGAACUUGCUCAGGGAUUUUUAGCUAAUCAGAUGAGAGCUGAAAACUUGAAAGAUGCAUCUGUAUUACCUGAUUUGUGCUUGAGUCAUGCAAAUCAGUUGAUGAUUAUGUUACAAAAUCAUAGAAAACUGUUGGAUAUUAAACAGAAGUGUACCACUGCCAAACAAGAACUAGCUAAUAACCUUCAUGUCAGACUGAAGUGGUGUUGCUUUGUAAUGCUUCAUGCUGACCAAGAUGGAGAGAAACUGCAGGCUUUGCUCCGUCUCGUCAUCGAGCUCUUGGAAAGGGUCAGAAUUGUCGAGGCCCUAAGUACAGUUCCGCAGAUGUACUGUUUAGCUGUCGUCGAGGUUGUCAGGAGGAAAAUGUUCAUAAAACACUACAGGGAGUGGGCUGGUGCUUUAGUCAAGGAUGGAAAGCGAUUAUAUGAAGCUGAAAAAUCAAAAAGGGAGUCCUUUGGGAAACUGUUCAGGAAAUCUUUCUUAAGAAAUCGUCUGUUUAGGGGAUUGGACUCCUGGCCUCCUUCCUUUUGUACUCAGAAGCCUCGAAAGUUUGACUGUGAACUUCCAGAUAUUUCAUUGAAAGAUUUACAGUUUCUGCAAUCAUUCUGUCCCUCAGAAGUUCAGCCAUUCCUCAGGGUCCCUUUACUUUGUGACUUUGAACCUCUACACCAGCACGUUCUCGCGCUACAUAAUCUGGUCAAAGCAGCACAGAGUUUGGAUGAAAUGUCCCAGACCAUUACAGAUCUGCUGAGUGAACAAAAGGCGUCUGGGAGUCAGACUUCCCCGCAGUCGGCUUCCUCCCCCCGCAGAGAAAGUGCGACAGGAAUCACAACUGCUACCUCACCGAGAACUCCUCCUCCACUCACUGUCCAGGACCCCCUGUGUCCCACGGUCUGUCCCUUGGAAGAAUUGUCUCCGGAUAGCAUUGACGCACAUACCUUUGAUUUUGAAACCAUCCCUCACCCAAACAUAGAGCAGACAAUUCACCAGGCGUCCCUAGACCUAGAUUCCUUAGCCGAGAGCCCCGAGUCGGACUUCAUGUCUGCGGUGAAUGAGUUUGUAAUAGAAGAGAACCUUUCAUCUCCGAAUCCCAUCAGCGAUCCACAGAGUCCGGAAAUGAUGGUGGAAUCCCUGUAUUCGUCAGUCAUCAAUGCAAUAGACAGUAGGCGCAUGCAGGAUACGAACGUGUGUGGGAAAGAGGAUUCGGGAGAUCACUCUCUCAACACUCGGUUAGAAAAAUGCCGAGCGGUGGCCCAAGACUCUCACUUCAGCAUACAGACCAUUAAGGAAGACCUUUGCCACUUCCGAACAUUGGUACAAAAAGAACAGUGUGACUUCUCAAAUUCUCUAAAAUGCACAGCUGUAGAAAUAAGGAACAUUAUUGAAAAAGUCAAAUGCUCUCUGGAAAUAACACUAAAUGAAAAGCAUCAAAAAGAACUACAGUCUCUAAAGAGCGAAUAUGAAGGUAAACUUGAGACACUAAUGAAGGAGAGUGAGGAGAAUGAAAACAAAAUCAAGAAAUUGAAAGGAGAGUUAGUAUGCCUUGAGGAGGUCUUACAGAAUAAGGAUAAUGAGUUUGCUCUGGUCAAGCAUGAAAAGGAAGCUGUCAUGUGCCUGCAGAGUGAGAAGGAGCAGAAGCUGCUGGAGAUGGAGAGCAUCAUGCACACGCAGAGUUGUGAGAUCAGUGAGCUCAGGCAGUCCCGAGAGGUGGCGUUGGAAGACCUGAAGAAGGCGCACGUCGAGAACGACGAGAAGAUUGAGCUGCUGAGGGCGGAGUUCCAGUGCCGGGAGCAGAGCCACCUGAAGGAGCUGGAGGACACCCUGCAGGUCAGACACACCCGGGAGUUCGAGAAGGUCCUCAGCGACCACCGAGUGUCCCUGGAGGAAUUGAAAAAGGAAAACCAGCAACGAAUCGAUCAGAUGCAAGCGUCUCACGCCAGCGUCCUCCAGGAGAAGGAGCAGCAGCUGCAGGAGCUGAAGCGCAAGGUGUCCGACCUGUCCGACACGCGCUGCAAGCUGGAGGUGGAGCUCGCGCUCAAGGAGGCCGAGACCGACGAGGUGAAGAUGCUGCUGGAGGAGAGCAAGGCCCAGCAGAAGGAGGCCUUGCGGGCGCUCCUCGAGCAGGAGACAGAGGCCCUGAGGACGGAAGUCGGCAAGCUGAACCAGAAGAUCCAGGACAACAAUGAGGGCUACCAGGUGGGCUUGGGCGAGUUGAGGACUUUGAUGACAAUUGAAAAAGAUCAGUGCAUCUCAGAGCUGAUCAGUAGGCACGAGGAAGAGUCGGAUAUGCUUAAGGCCGAGUUAAAUAAAGUAACAUCUUUGCAUCAUCAGGCAUUUGAAAUAGAAAAAAAGUUGAAAGAAGAAAUAGUUGAACUGCAGAGAAAAUUGGACUCAGAAUUGAAAGCUCUUGAAAAACAAAAAGAUGAAAAGAUUAGCCAACAAGAGGAGAAGUACGAAGCUAUCAUCCAAAAACUUGAGCAAGACAAAGAGGGGUUUGUCGUGAGCCAGGAACGGGACAGGGAACAGUUGGUUCAGAAGCUCACUUGUGAGAAAGAAGAAGCCAUUCAGGCUGCCCUCAAGGAGUUUAAAUUGGAGAGAGAAGCUGUUGAGAAAGAAUUGUUAGAAAAAGUUAAGCAUCUUGAGACUCAGAUAGCAAAAAGUCCUGCCGUGGAGUCUACUAGAGAAGAUUCUGUAAGCUUAGUUGCUGAACUACAAGAAAAGCUUCAGGAAGAAAAAGCUAAAUUUUUAGAACAACUUGAAGAGCAGGAGAAAAGAAAAAAUGAGGAAAUGCAAAAUGUCCGGACAUCUCUGAUUGCAGAACAGCAGACCAACUUCAACACGGUCCUGACGAGAGAGAAGAUGAAGAAGGAGAACAUCAUCAACGACCUCAGCGACAAGCUCAAGAGCACGAUGCAGCAGCAGGAGCGCGACAAAGAUCUGAUCGAGUCGCUGUCCGAGGACCGAGCUCGUUUGCUCGAGGAGAAGAAGAAGCUGGAGGAGGAAGUCAGCAAGCUGCGCGGGAGCAGCCUGGGCCCCCCCUACGGCGCCUCGGCCCCCGAGCUCUGUGGAGCCUGCGCCCCCCCACUGCCCUGCGAGGCCGAGCGCCCGGCAGACGCCGAGGACGGGAGAGUGGACUCUGCGAUGGACACCAGCAUGAUGUCUGUGCAAGAGAACAUCCAUAUGCUUUCUGAAGAAAAGCAGAGGAUAAUGCUGUUAGAACGAACGCUACAGUUAAAGGAAGAAGAAAACAAGCGGCUGAAUCAGCGACUGAUGUCGCAGAGUAUGUCCUCAGUGUCUGCGCGCCACUCGGAGAAGAUCGCGAUUCGAGACUUCCAGGUGGGGGAUCUGGUGCUCAUCAUCCUGGACGAGCGCCACGACAACUACGUGCUGUUCACCGUCAGCCCCACCCUCUACUUCCUCCACUCGGAGUCGCUGCCCGCCCUGGACCUCAAGCCAGGCGAGGGGGCUUCAGGUGCCACUAGAAGACCCUGGGUGCUUGGGAAGGUGAUGGAGAAGGAGUACUGCCAGGCCAAGAAGGCACAAAACAGAUUCAAAGUUCCUCUGGGGACGAAGUUUUACCGAGUGAAAGCCGUGUCGUGGAAUAAGAAGGUAUAGCUCACGGGCGGGAAGGAAGCCCCGUGCCCUGUGACACUGUCCGGUCUGUCCUGCCUCGCUCACUCAUCACUCCACACAGCAGCCACCUUUUGUACGAAAGCCAGCUGGACAGUAGCUCUCAUCGGCCCAACAUCGUGGACUUUCUAACUGGCUACGUCUUAGGAACAAUAAAUUCAUCAGAACUCAUGGCUGAAUUACAAUGGUUUUGUUUUUGUUUUUGUCUUUUACCCGGAUAACUCUAGAAACGCGGACCAAACUACUUCAUUUUCUCAAAGGGCAUACCUUGUGCAUUGUGGCUCAUAAUUAGCCAUAUUAAUUGCCUGUUACAUAAACUCAUUAGCUUGAACUUAGAGAUUAAUGUUAGUUAUUAUUACCAGCAUUUGUCCUUCCGUGAAAUCAAUAUCAGAAAACUUGCACUCUCUAACACAUUCUUUAUAAAAUGUGUAAAUUCUUCAAACUGUAUAAAGGAGGAGUGUUCUUGCAUGCAGAUAAUCAUAACUUUGAGUUUGCCUCUGUAGAUUACUAAAGCAAAUCGUUUUAUUUUUUUAAAUGCCCUUUGACGUUUGAGAACAUAAAGGAACUCUAAUUUGAUUUGGCUGAUGGGAACAUCGGCUAUAAUCAGCAAUCUUCAGAAGCACUUUCGAUGGCUUGGUCGCUUGGGUGGUAAAGGGACGGCCUGCUUUUGGGUUUCAAACGCAGCACAUCCCAGCAUCUUGGUUAAUUCUGUUUAGAAUAGAAUCAUAUCGAUGAGAUCAUAAUUCAUGGUUCAGUUUCAGGAGAAAAAAAUUCAUUGUACAUUAACCAUUUAGAGAUCAUUUAAAUAACAAAAUAUUGUAUUGUAAAAGACAUGUAGAAUUUUAAAACAAUAAAGAUUUGAACCUAUAAAUGUGUGUGCCUUUUAAAGGAGGAUGCAUUUUUAAUAUAUUUGAGUGAUUGCUGGAAAGUGUGAAAUUUGUCUGUAUCAUAUGAAAAGACAAACCUGUUUAUUAUAAAAAUGUGCUUUAACUAUAUACUAUGUAACAGGGUGAACAGUAUUAUGUAGACUAGAAUUGUGUAAACUAGAUCUUUAGACAAGUUGCCACUGAGCAAAGGUGUUUAAAUGAGUUGGUUAAGAUUGUUGCAGAUUUGUUGCUAGAGAACAAUAAAAUGAUUCUUUUUCAAAAAUACUUAAUUUCUUCUUAAAAAUAAGUUAAAUAUUUUUUUAAAUAUGUGUAUCUAAUAGUACAGAAAAUGGAACAACCACCAAUAGUGUAUAGAAAACUGAAUUUGACAACGUAUUAAUAAAUGAAGCAAUGAUUUGA